GCCAUCACUCAUUACCAUCCAAAGUAACAUCUGUCUACCUAUAUACAAUAAAUGGCAACUGAUAUCUAACACAAUCAAUAGAAAGUUGACCCUCAAAGGUAAGGCUAUAAAACCCCAUCAACCAUCCCCACCCUUCAAUCCAAUAAACCAUUCAACAACAACAAACAAAAUCAAAGCUGAAAAUGAAACCAGUGUCUUCCUCCAAUAAGCCAUACCUCCUUACCCUUAUCAGCAUCAUCAUAAUCGCACUUCUUCUGACCUUCAUGCUUGCUCAUGGCGCUGAUCUCCACACCACCACUCUGGGAGAUGGUGACGAGAGCUUGGGAGAGAGAUGUGAAGAGGGCGUUGGAGAAGAAGGUGAAGAGUGCUUGACCAGAAGAACCCUCCAAGCCCAUCUUGAUUACAUCUACACACAACCUCAUCCACCCCACCUCCCCUUCCCCUAGCCAGCCCCGAUGUCCCAAUUAUCUGUGCUUUUCUUUCUUUCUUUCUCCCCUUUCAAGCAAAAGGAAGAGCAUGAUUGAUUGCACCCAAGUUAUAUAGUUAGCAAUAAGAGGAGAAAGUAUUUUCAAUUAGCACAUGGCAAGACAUGGAUGUUCAUGAU